AUGGAACAUACAUAUCAAUAUGCGUGGAUUAUACCACUCCUUCCACUUCCAGUUCCUAUGUUAAUAGGAAUGGGACUUCUCCUUGUUCCGACGGCAACAAAAAAUCUUCGUCGUAUGUGGACCUUUCCUAGUGUUUUAUUGUUAAGUAUAGUUAUGAUUUUUUCGGUCGAUCUGUCUAUUCAGCAAAUAAAUGGCAGUUCUAUCUAUCAAUAUGUAUGGUCUUGGACCAUCAAUAAUGAUUUUUCCUUAGAGUUUGGCCACUUGAUCGAUCCACUUACUUCUAUUAUGUCAAUCUUAAUCACUACUGUUGGAAUUAUGGUUCUUAUUUAUAGUGAUAAUUAUAUGUUUCAUGAUCAAGGAUAUUUAAGAUUUUUUACUUAUAUGAGUUUUUCCAAUGCUUCUAUGUUGGGAUUAGUUACUAGUUCCAAUUUAAUCCAAAUUUAUAUUUUUUGGGAAUUAGUUGGAAUGUGCUCCUAUCUUUUAAUAGGUUUUUGGUUCACACGACCCAUUGCAGCAAAUGCUUGUCAAAAAGCGUUUGUAACUAAUCGUGUAGGAGAUUUUGGUUUAUUAUUAGGAAUCUUAGGUCUUUAUUGGAUAACGGGUAGCUUUGAAUUUCGGGAUUUGUUCGAAAUAUUCAAUAACUUGAUUAAUAAUAAUGGAGUUAAUUUUUUAUUUGUUAUUUUGUGUGCUUCCUUCUUAUUCGUCGGUGCAGUUGCUAAAUCUGCACAAUUCCCACUUCAUGUAUGGUUACCCGAUGCCAUGGAAGGUCCUACUCCUAUUUCGGCUCUUAUACAUGCUGCUACUAUGGUAGCAGCAGGAAUUUUUCUUGUAGCUCGGCUUCUUCCUCUUUUUACAGUCAUACCUUACAUAAUGUAUCUAAUUUCUUUAAUAGGGAUAAUAACAGUCCUAUUAGGAGCUACUUUGGCUCUUGCUCAAAAAGACAUUAAGAGAAGUUUAGCCUAUUCUACAAUGUCUCAAUUGGGUUAUACUAUGUUAGCUUUAGGUAUGGGGUCUUAUCGAGCUGCUUUAUUUCAUUUGAUCACCCAUGCCUAUUCUAAAGCAUUAUUGUUUUUAGGGUCCGGAUCCAUUAUUCAUUCAAUGGAAACUGUUGUUGGAUAUUCUCCAGAAAAAAGUCAAAACAUGGUUUUUAUGGGCGGUUUAAAAAAAUAUGUGCCAAUUACAAAAAAUGCUUUUUUUUUAGGUACACUUUCUCUUUGUGGUAUUCCGCCUUUUGCUUGUUUUUGGUCCAAAGACGAAAUUCUUAAUGAUAGUUGGUUGUAUUCACCGAUUUUCGCAAUAAUCGCUUGUUACACAGCAGGAUUAACUACAUUUUAUAUGUUUCGGGUAUAUUUACUUACUUUUGAGGGACAUUUAAACGUCCAUUUUCAAAAGUACAACGGCAAAAAAAAUAGCUCGUUCUAUUCAAUAUCUAUAUGGGGCAAAGAAGAAACAAAAAUGAUUAAAAAAAAUUUUCGUUUAUCGACAAUAAAUAAUAAUCAAAGGGAUUCUUUUUUUUCGAAGAAAACAUAUCCGAUUGAUGGAAAUGUAAGAAGCAUGCCGCGACCCCUUAUUACUAAUACUCAUUUUGGGAGUAAAAAGACUUUUCCCUAUCCUCACGAAUCGGACAAUACUAUGCUACUGCCUCUACUUAUAUUGGUCUUAUUUACUUUAUUCGUUGGAUUCCUAGGAAUUCCUUUCGGUCAGGGAGGAAUGGAUUUGGAUAUAUUAUCCAAAUGGUUAACUCCGUCAAUAAAUCUUUUACAUCCCAAUUCGAGUAAUUCUGUGAAUUGGUAUGAGUUUGUUACAAAUGCAAUUUUUUCUCUUAGUAUAGUUUAUUUCGGAAUAUUUAUAGCGUUGCUUUUAUAUGGGCCUGUUUAUUCAUCUUUCCAGAAAUUCGAAUUAAUUAAUUCAAUUGUGAAAAUGGGUCCUAAGAGAAUUUUCUGGGACAAAAUUAUAAAUAUUAUAUACAGUUGGUCAUAUAAUUGUGGGUAUAUAGAUUUUUUUUAUCUAACAACUUUCCUUAGUGGUAUAAGGGGAUUAGCCGAAUUAAUUUAUUUUUUUGAUAGACGAGUAAUUGAUGGAAUUACGAAUGGUAUUGGUGUUACAAGUUUCUUUGUAGGAGAAGGGGUUAAAUAUAUAGGUAAUGGGCGAAUUUCUUCUUAUAUUUUCUUGUAUUUAUCUUAUGUAUUAAUCUUUUUAUUAAUUUACUAUUUAAAUUAA